AUGACGCUAAGAGGCCACAUGACGCUAAGAGGCCACAUGACGCUAAGAGGCCACAUGACGCUAAGAGGCCACAUGACGCUAAGAGGCCACAUGACGCUAAGAGGCCACAUGACGCUAAGAGGCCACAUGACGCUAAGAGGCCACAUGACGCUAAGAGGCCACAUGACGCUAAGAGGCCACAUGACGCUAAGAGGCCACAUGACGCUAAGAGGCCACAUGACGCUAAGAGGCCACAUGACGCUAAGAGGCCACAUGACGCUAAGAGGCCACAUGACGCUAAGAGGCCACAUGACGCUAAGAGGCCCACAUGACGCUAAGAGGCCACAUGACGCUAAGAGGCCACAUGACGCUAAGAGGCCACAUGACGCUAAGAGGCCACAUGACGCUAAGAGGCCACAUGACGCUAAGAGGCCACAUGACGCUAAGAGGCCACAUGACGCUAAGAGGCCACAUGACGCUAAGAGGCCACAUGACGCUAAGAGGCCACAUGACGCUAAGAGGCCACAUGACGCUAAGAGGCCACAUGACGCUAAGAGGCCACAUGACGCUAGAGGCCACAUGACGCUAAGAGGCCACAUGACGCUAAGAGGCCACAUGACGCUAAGAGGCCACAUGACGCUAAGAGGCCACAUGACGCUAAGAGGCCACAUGACGCUAAGAGGCCACAUGACGCUAAGAGGCCACAUGACGCUAAGAGGCCACAUGACGCUAAGAGGCCACAUGACGCUAAGAGGCCACAUGACGCUAAGAGGCCACAUGACGCUAAGAGGCCACAUGACGCUAAGAGGCCACAUGACGCUAAGAGGCCACAUGACGCUAAGAGGCCACAUGACGCUAAGAGGGCCACAUGACGCUAAGAGGCCACAUGACGCUAAGAGGCCACAUGACGCUAAGAGGCCACAUGACGCUAAGAGGCCACAUGACGCUAAGAGGCCACAUGACGCUAAGAGGCCACAUGACGCUAAGAGGCCACAUGACGCUAAGAGGCCACAUGACGCUAAGAGGCCACAUGACGCUAAGAGGCCACAUGACGCUAAGAGGCCACAUGACGCUAAGAGGCCACAUGACGCUAAGAGGCCACAUGACGCUAAGAGGCCACAUGACGCUAAGAGGCCACAUGACGCUAAGAGGCCACAUGACGCUAAGAGGCCACAUGACGCUAAGAGGCCACAUGACGCUAAGAGGCCACAUGACGCUAAGAGGCCACAUGACGAGCCUACUAAGAGGCCACAUGGACGCUAA